CAAACUCCCUCUCCCUUAUUCAAGAUAUAGCACAAAGUAAGCUUCUUCAGAUCAUCAAAGUUCUUCCUCUUCCUCUCCACUUCCCCUUUUCAUGUGCUUGAGAGUCAUAGGGAUGGCGAUGGGUCUUCGAGGGUCUUCCUUCCGCACCUUUCUCCAUGGCUCGGUCAUGCUGAUCAUCACCUUCUUCCGCCACAAGAUGUUCAUUUAGAUGUGUCUCUGAGAAAAGGAGAAAAAACAAUAGACAUUUUCUGGUGUUUUGCUGUGAAAUGACCGCUGGAAGAAGGUUUCUUGGUUCAUGGCCUCCUGUAAACUUUCAAGAUAGAGCCAUGAGCAGUUUUAAGAGGCCUUUGUUUAAGCCAAUUGAAUUGGAGGAUAUGACGGCCGAAGAUGGCUCAGACGAUUCUUCUUCUCAUCGCCGGGAAAAGAAGAGGCGGCUGACGGCAGAGCAAGUUCAGUUCCUGGAGAAGAGCUUUGAGUCGGAGAACAAACUCGAGCCUGACAGGAAGUUUCAGCUUGCGAAAGUUCUCGGAGUCGAACAGAGGCAGAUUGCGAUAUGGUUUCAGAACCGUCGCGCUCGGUGGAGGACCAAGCAACUGGAGGACUGUGAAGCCUUGAGAUCGAGCUAUGGCAGUCUCAAGGCUGACCAUGAAUGCCUCCUCAAGGAAAAGCAGAAAUUAGAGGCCAAGGUUCUUUUCCUCACUGAAAAGCUUCUUCUGAAAGAGAGGAAUGGCGGCUCGGAGCCAUUUGAGCUCAUCAAACAUCCUGAGAGCUCGCUGAACGCAGGCAUCAAGCCUUCCAACAGCACCAUACUGGACUUCAGGAGCCCUCCUCCCUACGCUGAUGAAGAUGGAUGCUGCAUGCUGAUGGAGCUCGCCGGCUCCGCAAAUGCUUUGAAACUCAGUAACUUUGAUGGGUCACAGAUCGGCGAGCUUGAUGAUGCUAAUGACUACAGUUUCUUAGGUCUUGAUGAGGAUAUUGAGGAUGAUAACUCAUGUAGCUAUGGAUUACUCUGGUGAUAAUGAUAAGUUAACUAAGAAGAUGUGUACACUAAUUUGAUCAAUAAAUUUAUAUUUACCGUUAAAAAAA